CACUCGCCCACCAUACCCACCCAACAUCGACUUACCCCAGCCUCAAUCUCUUCGAAACCGAGUCUCCUCGAAUUGGAAGAUAGUUUGGCAGAACAAAUAGCGGUGCGCAAGCAAUUUAGGGUCCGGCAUCAAGCAGCGCAGUAGCUCUGGCAUUGAGCAUCGUAUACCCCCCCGUUCGACUUCACCUCCUCAACACCUCUCACACUACGUCCAUCUCUGGACCCAUCACUCUCGCAAAGGAAAGCAACAGGCCUCUGAGUGCUCCGCAAACAUGUCCAACCAGAUAGUCGGUCAAACGUAUCAGGAGAUCAUCUCCAGGGUGAUUACAGAGUCCCAGAGUGCCUUUGAAGAGGCCGGACUGCCUGCUGAUGUUCUCAAAGAGCUGCGAGAGGAAUGGCAACAAAGAUUAUCCGACCUCAAGGUUGCUCAGUUCCCUUGGGAUCCUCCUCCCUCAGCUCAAAACCCUCCUACCCUCCCUUCUAAUGCUAGAGCUCAUGACCUAAAGACCGAGGAGGGGAAACAUCCUGGUCAGACCUCAGUGGUCUAUGACACGCCUUCACGUCUCAAGCAAGGCUCUACCGUGAAACAAGAACCACUUUUCAAGCAGGACCCCGACUUUAAGCGAGAAGGAGCCUAUGAUUCACAACCUCCUGCACCCUCCGGGCCUCAGGCGAAUGGCUACAAUGCGGCCUUAACUGCCCAACAACGGGCUCAAGCCCAGCUGCAGAGAGAAUAUGGUCAGCAUGCCAAUGCUUCCAUCGCUGCGAUGAGUCAGGCUCAGGGCCGUCAGAAUGGCAUGCAGGGUCAACUGCCACAGCAGGGUCAGCCACAGCAAGGUCAACUGCCACAGCAGGGCCAACCGCCACAACAGCACCCACAUCAGCAACAGCCACGCCCAGCCCAAUCGCAACCCGCUCCACAGCAGCAGCAUCCCUCCGUUGGCUCUGCGCAGACGGACGGCCCUGGAGAUUUGCCUGAGCCUUUAGACAAUCGCCGGUUGGAAGCGGAUGCAUCGAUCCGGGAUCAAAUCGAGGCGCUACGUGAACAGAUGGACAAUGGACUUCUCCUCCCGUAUACCAGUAGCCGCCAUGCCAAGCUCAAAGCCCGAUCGAAGACCAGAACGCCAAGGGCAGGACCUUCGCGCGAGGCUGGCCCGUCGCAGUUCGACGGUGGCGAUGAUGUUCUUAGGGAGGAGGAAGACGAGGAUGCGAUCAAUUCGGACUUGGACGACCCUGACGACGAUCCUCAACGCCAGGAGGAGCAGGAAGAAGAGAUCAAAGAGGUUAUCCUUUGCACGUAUGACAAGGUUCAACGCGUCAAGAACAAGUGGAAGUGCACUCUCAAAGAUGGGAUUCUGACCACGAAUGAUAAAGAGUAUCUCUUCCACAAAGGCACCGGCGAGUUCGAGUGGUAGAAACGAAGGAUGAAGGUAUCGGUUUCAAGGUCCAAGAUUCCAGCACAAGCACGACAGUACGAUGGAUGAAAUAUUCCGCGGCUGCGGUUCAUGCCGAGCUCCGUCCCAGGGUCUGAUGA